UGUGAAUUUCGCCGAGUCCGCGACGCGCGUUUGCGAGUUUGAAGAGUUUUGUUUGCGAAAAUUACGGAAAUUGCGCAUUUUCUGGUGGAAAUUUGUGACCUUCAAUAGAUCUUCCUGCACAGCAAGACAUGGGCCGCAAGCGGGACAGCGACGGAUCCGGUUCCGAUUCCGACUCGAGCCGCGAAAGUCGCAGCCGCAGCGGAACACCGGCGGUCGCCCCCACCCCGGGCUACUCGCUCGAGCACCACGACUCGAGGUCCAACUCGCCGGCGGCAAACCGCAGCGGUUCGGGAACGCCGCAAAACCGUAGCCGCUCGGGAACGCCACAGAAUCGAAGCCGGUCCAAUUCGGCCGGGUCCGGAUCGGCGGCCGGCUCGCAGCAGAAUUCACCGGCGCGUUCGGGGGGUGGUUCUCCCUCGGGCAAGUCUCGCUCGCAGUCGCCGGCGGGUUCACAGCGCUCGCGUUCGGGUUCGAAUGCUUCCCGGCAGUCGGCGGCGAGCGGGGCCGGGUCACAGCGAAGCGGGAGGUCGCAAUCGCAGGCGUCUGAGGGGAGUGGCAAGUCGCGGUCUCGGAGUGGAACUCCCGCGGCACGUUCGCGCAGUGGAACGCCGGAGAAUCGAGAGAGGUCGAAAAGUGGCAGUCCGGCGCCGUCUGCCAAGAGUGGAUCGCGGUCAAAGUCCGGGUCGCCGGCGAAGUCACCGGGGAGUCAUCGUUCGCGGUCUCGGUCGAGGAAGUCGGGAUCGAGGACGCCGCAGUCGCAGGCUUCCGGGUCGAGGUCACGAUCGGGGAGCAAAACGCCGGUACGGAGUCGGUCCGGUUCGGCGGAGUCGCAGCCGGAGAAGCGUAAGAGGGCGGUUAUUUCGAGCGAUUCCGGGUCGGAUGGGGAGAAGGUGACGCAGAAGAAGAAGAACAAGCUGAUUGAUUCGGACUCGGAUUCGGAUGCGGGAGGGAAGGCGGCCAAGGAGAGUGUCACGGCGGACGCGCUGUUUGGAGAUGCGGACGAUAUCAGCUCGGAUGAGGGCUCGGGGAGGGAACGGGACGAGUUGGACGAUUUGGAGGAUGAGCAGAAGGAUAAGGAAGGGGGAAGCGAUCGGGAGCGGUCGCGCAGUCGGAGCAGAUCACGGAGCAGGUCCAGGUCGCGGUCGAGGAGUCGGGGAAGUGAUCGACGCUCGUCGGAUGAUGAACGUGGUGAAGGGUUAGCGCGUUUUGAAGAGCCGAAGGAGCCCGAACCUGAGCCGGAGCCGAUUCCGGAGACCAGAAUCGACGUGGAAAUCCCCCGUAUCGUUACGGAUUUGGGCAGAGAUCUGCACUUUGUCAAACUGCCCAAUUUCUUGUCCGUUGAGACGCGACCGUUUGACGCGGAUACGUACGAGGACGAAAUCGACGAAGAGGAAACGCUCGACGAGGAAGGUCGUCAGCGCGUGAAGCUGAAGGUGGGCAACACGAUCCGCUGGAGGAACAACAUCGACGACGAGGGGAACGGCGUCCGUGAGACGAACGCCCGGCUCGUCCGAUGGUCCGACGGAAGCAUGAGUCUUCAUCUAGGGUCUGAAAUCUUCGACGUGUACAAACAACCCCUGCAAGGCGACCACAACCAUCUGUUCAUCCGCCAGGGCACGGGUCUCCAGGGACAGUCCGUGUUCCGCACCAAGCUCACCUUCCGACCGCACUCGACGGAAUCGUUCACGCACAAGAAGAUGACCAUGUCGUUGGCCGAUCGGUCCACCAAAACGUCCGGCAUCAAAAUUCUCACCCAGGUCGGCUUCGAUCCGGACACGAACCGUAAACAGAACAUCAAAAAGGAAGAGGAAAAGCUCCGGAUGGCGAUGCGUGCCAAACCGACCGCGUCGAAGCCCAGCCGGAAGCGGGGCGAGGGCGGCGCCAAUGCCAACAGUUCGUACCACCACGACGAGGGCUCGGAUGACGAAGGGGGCAUCUCGAUCGCGGCCAUCAAGAACAAAUAUAAGGACGAUCGGUCGAAGCCGAAGCAGGGCGCCGCCAUCUACUCGUCGGAUGAGGACGGUUCCGAUGUGGAUCUGGGCCGGAAGAAGAACAAGGACAAGAAGCGAGUGCUCAAGGCGUUGGGCGAUUCGGAUGAUAGCGAGGAGGGCUCGGAACACAGUGGAAGUGGUUCGGAGGGGUCCGGGUCGGAAGGGGGCUCGGGAUCGGGUUCGGAGGGAGGGUCCGGAAGUGAGCGCAGUGCCAAGGGGGCCAAGUCCGGUGGGGAGGGAGCGGGAAGUGGUAGCGAUGAGUAGGUGUGAAAGUGAACACUUGACCUGUAUUAUCUCUGAACGAAAUAAAUUAAUAUUCAAAUUGAAGCAGA